CUUCACUGUGAAAUUCUCUAAUACAGAUUUGAUAAAUGUCUACAGUUGCUGUCACUGUUGUUUUGCGACUAUUUAUUCUGCACCUGAUCGCUAUCAUACCAAAGGAGCAUCUGGAAUCACUACAAGGGUUUACGCUCUCCAGUGUGAACUGACGGCAUCGCCCAUCUAACCUUCUUGAGCCCCGCCAUACCGAAGAUUGCUCGCCCAAGGUCUUUGGUGGGGCUAAGGGCAUCGCGGUCUCUGCACCAGCUGUCUUGGUAACAACCGGAAAGACAAUCUAUAGGUAUAGCAACGCCGUAUAAGAGACGUUGAAUCGCCAUUCCGCCGUAUUGGACUUCUCUCGUCAAGUCUCAACAUGGCGGCAGCUACAAGGCUCGAUACCGAUCCGGCCCAUAUGUGGAAGGAGGACUCGAUCGAGGAGCGAGGGUUUGCUGCCGCGCUCAUCUGCCUCGAAGGUCAUUACCAGCAAUCUCCUGCCAUGGGCCCCCAGUCAAUAGCCAAAGUCAUGAGCAUAAUAUCGAAGACACUCGAGAAGACACAUACGUACAAGGAUGUCAGAGAAAUCUUGUCUAAGAAUAUCCGUAUCUGGUUAUGGCUAAGGAGAUCCAUAUCAGCGGCGAUAUGUGACCUCAAUGAAAAGUCACUGGGCGUACGAUCAGAACCGUUCGUCGCUACGAGGUUCAUUGAUAUCACAACUCCUGAGGUCACUGCUCUCAUCAUCAAGAACUAUGUGCCGCUCAAGGAAGCAUUGCAGAUGCUUAAUAAGCUGAUGCACAUUGCUCGCAACUUACUUGUCACAACAAACCCUGAGAUACCGCAAAAUCUAUCGGCAACGAUCAACUUUGAUCACGAAGUUAUCGAGGCCAUCUGCCUAUGUGUGAAUGUACUUAGUAAGGGCAUUGACGGUGAGAUGCCAGAGGAUGAUGCUUCGCGAGUAAAGCUGAAUGAAAUCACUGAACUCUAUAAGAAGGUGUUGGUGACAUCGCUGCAGCAGGCGCAUAAUUGGAUCGCUAAAAACGACCGGAACAAGAUGACCUUUUGGUAUAGGGUCUUUAUCGAGUCUCCCGACGUAGAUCUCAACCCAGAGCAUGAUGACCGGUAUGACAUAGUCGGAUCGACCCUAUCCCCGAGAUGUUUAUAUCUCCAGGAGGAGGUCCGCAACUGGAUAAAGAGAAACACGGUCAUGUGCCGACCGGCAGCGGCCAUUUGCCAAGAAUACUUGAAGGCAAAAGACCCCGAGAAACCCGAUCUUUGGUUUCCACAUCAGAACAACCUCGCAUUUGUCUAUACCAACUCCGAUGCUACGGAUACUACGCCAUCUACUUGGGACCCUAACGCAAAGGAGAAAUUCUCUCAAGACUGGCAGUAUGGACGUGUAUCACACGAGCUAGAUAUGUGGUGGGAGCAGGCUCGUCUGCCGAAUAUAACGAACAUGGACAGUGCGCAAUCCGAGACUGCUGUUCUCAAUGAUAAGAUCAGACAAUGCGAAGAGAGCUUGAUGUCACGCUAUGCACCGCCAGAAUCGCCGGAUGAGAUGGGGGAUGUCGUUGAGCAUCACACAGACGACGCUACUGUCCAGGAGUGGCCCACUCAUCCACCCCAAGAUACGCCACAUUAUGCUCCGGAGUAUGACGAAUAUGAGGAAGAGGCUGAUGACGAUGAUUCCUAUGGUGAAGGGCCGAUGACUGGUCUUCUCACCGAGGUUCCAAAUAUCCUAGACCCGAAACAGAUAGAGGCACUACAUAUGAUCAUAAAAUCAUGUAUACUCGACUCUGCGGGGUCUGGACCAACGCGGCACGGCGAAAGCUUACAACAGGCCCGUUGUCGUAUUAUGCUCGCUACCGAGUGCGGCAGAAAUCUUCUGAGAGAGAUGCUCGUGUUUAUCGCUGUCUGGGAGAAGGAUGAGCAGUCUCUUAUCUUCCAGAUCAGCAGUCAGAUCGUUCAGGCGCUCCAUGAGAGCUGUCUCAUACAUCAUACCUGGGAGGCGGUUAGGAGCCCGAAAGACAUCAUGUCACCCGCCCAGACUGUAUUGUUACGUCUGAUUACCUACUUGGCACGCACCGCGUUUCUUCCUUCCAAGAAUUACAACCCAGACCCAGAUCCUAAAGGAGAUACUGAAAGCCGUCUUGCGAACCCCGACUUCCGGCUAAGUCGCAUGCUGCACUACUUCUAUACGGUCUUCCGGAACCGCAUUGCGCCGGAAUGCAUUGCUUUGAUGCGAAUUCAAGGCGAGGUACGUGCUGAGACAAUCGACCCUGCCGACUUCCCCGUAGAUAAUUGGGACCUCGAGCGCGCAAAAGACGGUCUGGUACAAUUCCUCGACUUCCUCUACACCAUCGCCGAUAUCUACCCCCUUCGACAACAUCUCAUCGAAUAUGACGCUGUACACGAUCUUAUCAAGCUACUCGAGGGCCUCGAUGUCGCUGUCGAGAGAGCGCCGUUGCCUGUUAAUCGCCGCAACGACGCUGCAGCUACAGCCUCCGCUUCCAUACCCACACCACAACCAUCCUCAUCCAGUAACCCUCCUCCGCCUCCGCCGCCUCCACCUCCUCCACUAUCCGAACCUCCCCACGAGUUCCCCUGGGCAGGUAUCAAAGGCCAAGUUCUCUCCAUUCUAGCCGCGCUACUACAACCACCUCCAGGCCAGAACUCUCCAGGCAACCCGACCGUCCAACUACAGAUCGUCAAGCACAAUGGAAUAGUAGCCCUUCUCAACUGCUGUCUGUACGAUGAUAACAACCGCUUCUGCCGAGAGCGUACCCAGUUAUGCCUAAAGUGGCUCAUGGACGGAUCUCCAGACGCCGCGGCCUUCCUCCAGAAUCUCAUCAGCACAAAUCAGAACCGCCCCGCCACAGGCGGACAGCCCGUCCGCAUCGACGGCGUCCCCGGAGAAGUGAAGAUCCAAGUACGCAGCGCCAGCGCACCAGCCGCCGCCCCUGAAAACACCACCACCACCACCACCAACAACAACAAUAACAACACCCUAGGCAAGGUCGAAACGUUCAAUUUCGAAGCGAACCUAGCGGCGAGCCGAAGUCAAGCCGCCGCGCUAGCCCGCAGGCUAGAAGAGAACAAGAGCCGCAGCGAGGAACUCGUCAACGACCUCCUUGCGCUCACGGUCUCCGGCGAUCCUAGAGCACGGCGGGCCGCGGACCCCGUAGACGCCGACGAGACGGAGGAUGAGGAUUUCAUGUAAAAAGAAUUAGCAAGGUAAAAACGAAACGCAUUGUGUAUUACGUUCUGACUAAGUUCAUGGAGACGCUGUUAGCUUCUCGGCUUAUUUCUGUUCUCAUGGGGGUUUAAUGUCUGGAGUACGCUUGGGUAGGUAGGUAGGUAGGUAGGUAGGUAUGGGGUAUUAAGGCGUUUUGUUUAUAGUGUUCUGGACGGGCCUAGAGAGGGUAUAG